GCAGAAAACAAACUUAGCCCUUAGCAAAUACAUGGAUGUUAUGAACCCCUGCAAAUACAAGCAUUUCUUUCCGACCAAAUACCCAAAGAGCAAGAUAAGUGCUGCAUUAGCAUAAAUGAUCUCUUCACUUCGAUUGACAAUUUGGAAAGAAAAUGCUCUAAAUUUAGAUGAAACUUGCAAGACUCAUCAAAAAAUUUCAAAUGAUAGUGGCUGCUGUUCAUUAUAUUAUAUUGGUUGCUGUUUAGAAACCAGAAUUACAAAUAAUGCAAUUUAAUGGGGAAAGAGCUCUGUUAGCAUAUAAUAAUAAUAUAUUCUUGAGAGCUGGUGUCCAAACAAUAAAUUUGACCUUAGAAUCACAAUAGCUUUAGUUUUCCAUAGGGCAUGCAGUAGUAAGAAUUUAUAACCAAUCUGUUCAUUGUUUUUAUUUUUCUUGUAUUUUCUCAAACACAAUUAUCUUACCGUUGUUUUUUUUCUGUCUGUUUUUGAUCUCUGAAAUGGCUGAUACAGGUUUUGGGGUUGCUGAUUGAGUCUGCUAUACAUGCAGUCACAAACAGGCAAGAGAGCUUUGAGUCCGAAUCCAUUCUUCCACUUUGGAAGGAGGCGCACUAUUCUUUAGUUAUGCUAGAGAAGAUGAUUCAUCAAUAUUCUUUAGUUAUGCUAGAGAAGAAGAUUUGUCAAUUCCAUGACUUAGAGAAGAUGGGUGGAAGCUUUGCAAAGAAUCUAGAGGAUAAAUGGAAAGCAAUAUGGGAAGCAAUAUGUGAGAUGUUGUUGCACCCACACUCCUGGUUACGCAACAAAUCAUGUCGUCUCAUAGCUCUAUACUUUGCACGUGUAGCAGAUGGCAACAGAGAAAAUCAUCAAAGCUCCUUAAGUAGUUAUUUUAUGAUGAGUCCUAGUAGAUUAUAUUUAAUAGCCACUUCUCUUUGCUGCCAACUGAAAAUGCCACUCAUAGAUGAUGCUGACAGCAACCUGAUGACGCAGAAUAUUGUCUUUGCUAUUUGUGCUUUAAUGAGGCAAACUGGCAGCAUAGAUCCAUCUGCAUUCUGGUCUACUCUUGAGCAAAAUGAGAAGAAUCGGUUUCUCAAAGCUUUUGACAUGAUUAAUGCAAGAAAAGAAAGAAUCAUGUUCAUGUCUUCAUCACAAACCUCCUCCGUACGUGAAGACAUUAGUCAAGUUAAUGUUAAGAACACUCAACAUAUACUUGUAUCGUUAUUGCUCAAGAAAAUGGGCAAAAUUGCUCUUCAAACAGAUGCUAUUCAGAUGGAAAUAGUCUUCAACAGUUUUGGGAAACUUAUGGCACAGAUAGAGAUGAGUAUGGACUAUGCACAUGUGGUUCUGAUACCUCUAUAUAAAGUUUGUGAAGGAUUUGCCGGAAAAGUAGUAGCUGAUAAUCUGAAAAAGUUGGCAGAAGACACCUGUGGGAAAAUAGAGAAUAUUAUAGGUACUCAAAACUUUGUGCAAGUUUAUAACCUUAUCAGGAAGAACCUGAGUUUGAAAAGAAAUAAGAGGAAACAAGAAGAAAAGGUGAUGGCUGUUAUCAAUCCGAUGCGAAAUGCCAAAAGGAAAUUGAAAAUUUCUGCCAAGCAUCGUGCCAACAAAAAGAGAAAGGUUAUGACUUUGAAGAUGAGGAGAUGAUCGAGGGAGUGGUGCUUGUGUCAAGGUUUUAGUGCUUGUGUCAAGGUUUUAGUACAACCAACCAAGGAUCUUACCAUCUUAUUAUAGCAAUUCAUUAUCAUCUGCUUGUUUGAAGAAAAAUAAGUGGGUUUGGAGUUUUUGACUGAUUUAAUCUUUGUUGAGACUAAAUUAUUUUUAGUUUUUAAAGUAGUGAAAUAUGAUUUUUUUUUUUAUAAAUUUUUUUUGGAGGCAUAAGAUUCACUUGUAAAUAAUAUUAAAUAAUAUCAAUGAUAAAUAAGUUAA